AUGAAUAGCCAAUACGUACGUCAUGAAGUGCGGGGAUGUGAAACUAGUGACCUGAGGAACUUCUGGGAAAAGACUAUUGAACAACAAACUCGGUAUCUGCAAAUUGAAAAAGAACGCCAGCAAAGAAGUGCUCUGACAAAGCUCAGAAAUGAAUGGAUGGAGAGGCUGGAAAAACGGAUAAAGAUGUUGAGGACCCAACCUGAAGAUCCAUCUAGCUGA